AUGUUCAUGGAUUCUCUCUUAACAGCUGAGCAGUUAUAUGUAAUGGUUAUCAGCAGUAAUUUCGAUGUUGGCAAAGAACGAGUUAAUCCAGUAUUGAAAAAAUUGUUAGCCGAAGUGGUGAUUGAAAAAAUGGAUGAUGCUACUCACUGGAAAGGUUUGGUUGGCCCUCAUGCCGGUAGUUUUGAUCCCAGCACUGGAAGAACACGUCCUUCUAUUAAUGUUACUGAUGUUGAUGAUGAUUUUGGAAAUGUAGAAGAAGAUCAAGAUCUUGAAUGUAGUACAAAUGAAGCCGUUCGUGCACAGCAACAGAUUAAUGAUGUUGAUAGUAACCACAAUGAAGAUAAUGUUUAUAAUAAUGCUAUUGUUGAAUUAAUAACAUUAACGAAUUUAAUUCAACGACAAAGUCUCCCACCAAUAGCAUCAUUGUUACCAGCAACCGGUGGCAUUGUUUUUUCACCCAUAAGCAGUUCUGUACAAUCUUCACCAUUAAUUCACGAAGGUACCACACAAUGGCUGAGAAGUGGAGGACCACCAGCAUCACCACACCAAUCGAACACACCACAAUUGACUGUAAACGAUAGUCCAUCAUUGCAUUAUGCCAAUAGUAGUAGACUGACAACAUCGACAGCAACAGCAGUAGUAGAAGUAUAA